GCUCAAUUGACUAAAGCUCUAACGAAGAUCGCGUCCCGUCCGGCCAUUGUUGAGCGCAGUUUAAACAUCCAAAUAUAUAAGUAUUUAUAGGCAAGUGUCCAGAAUAGUCUACAAGUGCUUGAAGCGAACAAGCAUAAGUAGAUUGUAAGCUAGGUAGGUUAGGCAGGUGACUGAAACUUUGGCCUCUAGUGGUGGUUUCUUCUGGCGUCCCUUCACUAAUGGGUGAAUCAAAUACAAUGCCAAAGAAGAAGGAAAAUUCUCCGGAACCUGAGGAACAAGGAGAAGAACAGGAGGAGGAGUAUUCGGUAGAGAAGAUCUUAGACAAGCGUGUACGCAAUGGCAGAGUGGAAUACUACCUAAAAUGGAAAGGAUAUGGAGAUGAAGACAAUACUUGGGAACCAGAGAGCCACCUAGACUGCCCAGAUUUAAUUCAAGCGUUCGAAGAAAAUAGGAAGAAAGAAGAUGCAAGGAAGAAAGAGGAAAAGAAGAGAAAGUCACAGGCUGCAGAUGACUCUUCUAAAAAGAAGAAAAAAUCUGUAGAGGAGGACAGUCGACCGAGAGGUUUUGAUAGAGGUUUAGAAGCAGAAAAAAUCAUAGGCGCAACAGAUUCUAGUGGUGAACUUAUGUUCUUAAUGAAAUGGCGGGGAACGGAUGAAGCAGACCUUGUUCCAGCCAGACAAGCUAAUGUUCGGUGCCCUCAGGUUGUUAUAAAAUUUUAUGAAGAACGAUUGACGUGGCAUUCUUCAACAAAUGACGAAGAAGAGGGAAAUCCUGAAGCAGACUAAAAAUUUCAAACCCCUUCCAUUUUAUAGCUGUAAGAUUUUUUUUUAUUUGUAAGAGAAGUUUUUGUCUUGAGGGCAUUAUGAAGCCAAUUUUAUAAGUUUUAUGAACCUUGAGGUGUUCUUAGGUCUGAAUACUUGUGUAAGUACUGCCUUUAUGUUCAGUUGGUCACCAUGAAUGUAAGUUGUGUUGUGAUCAUGCAGUAUUUUUAGGUAAAUGAACACACCAGUACAAUGGAAGAAGAAAUGUAAUCAGUCAACUUUGUCAAAAAAGAAACAGUACCUUAAUAAAUCAGCGUCUGUUACAUUACUACCGAUUAUUAUAAAGUUCUUAAUACUUAAUGUAUGGAUAUGUUACGCUCUUGUAUAUUUCUGUCAUGUGCCGUGACCCACGUACAGCAAGGUACUACCUUCAAUAAAUCGAACUUUACAAUAGUUUA